AACUGUCGCUGGACCAUUAUCAAUCAAUUUUACACAUAACACUUACAAAACGAAUUUAAUCGGCCACGAUGAUGGACCAUGGGUUUGGUCAAAGAUUUGUAUAGUAAGAAAUCCUUGUUUAAAGACAGCUGAUAAAGGAUAUAUAUACAUAUGCAUUAAUGAAGAAAACAAAAGAAACCAAUUUGAAGUCAACAUGGAGAGAUCUGUAGCAAUAAUUGGUGGUGGUAUUUCUGGUCUGGUUUGUGCUGCCAGACUUAAGCAACUUAAUAUGAACAAUGUUACAGUUUUUGAUACAGGUAAACACGGACCUGGAGGAAGAUGUUCCAGUCGUACAGUCAAUGUAGAUGGAAACUUGCAUACAUUUGACCAUUCUGCUCAGUAUUUUACAGUCUCAGAUCAACGAUUUGCCAAAAUUGUCUCAUUUCUUCAUAAACAAGGGGCUGUGAAAAUAUGGAAUGGUAAAAUUGGACACUUAAAAGAAGGGAAGUUUACUCAGGAUGACCAGUUGACUCAAGCUUUUAUAGGCUCUGACGGAAUGGUGUCCAUUCCAAAAUGUCUAGCAAGUCUAGUUCAAAUAAAAGGACCAUCAUGGGUGGCAAACGUUGAAUGGGAUUCAUCACUUGGAAAAUGGAAGGUUGACAAAUAUGGCUUCUUUAAUUAUUUGGUGAUUGCUCAUAAUGGGAAAUGUGCAGAUAAUUUAAUGUCAAAUGCAGGUGUACCAAACAUUCAUCGACUGUUACAAGUUAGAUUUAGUGAUACUUUGAAUAUGAGAGAUAACAAAAUGCAACUUUGUUCAAUAUGGGCACUACUUGUUGCAUUUCCUUCCUCACUCAAACUGCCAUAUGCUGCUGCUCAUGUUGAAGACAAUCAGAUUUCCUGGAUAGCAAACAACACAUCCAAAAUGGAUGCCAGGGCAACUUUAAGUAAAUCCAUUGAAUGUUGGACAAUUUUUAGUACCAAAUCUUUUGCAUCUGCCAACAAAGUUCCACAAGAACAUAUACCACCAGCAAAAGCUAAAGAUAUAACAAACACUCUUCUCUCUGCUUUUGGUAGAGUCACACGGAUGCACAAGCAAUUACCUCCCCCUUGUUUUACACGGGUACAGUUAUGGGGUGCAGCUGUUCCCCUGAAUGUUCUACAGAACAAGGAUGAAUGUGUGUUUGAUGGACAACAUAACAUAGGGAUAUGUGGUGACUGGUUAGUUAGUCCCAGCAUACAGGGAGCUGCUGUUAGUGGCUUGGCUUUAGCAGAAAAGAUACACAAUAAUUGUUCAGGUUCUACAAGAAAUAGUACAGAUUUACUACCAAGAUUCAAACCAGCAGAUUCAGAAACAAUAGGAGCUUUUCCUUCUAAUCCAGGAAUGAUAUUCAACCCAAAAUAAAUAAUUUCUUUCUCAG